CACCUGCGCCAUACCCACGAGACGCCUUCCAGCUCCCUGCAACAGGGACAGCUCCAAGGAGGCUUACGUGGUGGCGGCGAGCAGCGCUGGUGGGCGGCGGGCGAGCGGACGCGCACUAUCCACGCGUUAGCCAAUGCUCCAUACCCAUGAGACGCCUUCCAGCCCCCUUCAAGAGGGACAGCUCCAAGAAGACUUACUUGGCGGCUGGAGCCGCAAUAGCAGCGGCAGUAGCAACAACAGCGCCCACGGCUGCUUCGUUGGCGGCGGCGGCGUCGUCGUCGUUGUUGUCGUCGUCGUUGUUGUCGUCGUCGUUGGUGGGCAGGGCGGCAGUGGGAUAAGCAUAUUGCGGAGAAGAGAAGAGAGGAGUUGGAGAAGAAGAAUAAGAGGAAGAGUAGGAGGAAGAGAAGGAGAAGCGAGGGUAAGCGCGGUAAUCACGGGCGUGCCUGCCUCUUAUCUCUGCAGGGGCAGAGUGCACCUUCGCAGCCACUGGUGGGGAAGAAGAGAACAGGAAGAGCAAGAGCGGUGCCACGAACGUGCCUGCCUCUCACCUCUGCAGAGUGCGCCUUCUACAACUGGGAGCGCAGCAACACGUUACUUCUCAUUGAGCUACCCGGCUACACUUUCCUCUUCAAGCUUGAACUACACUGUUGCACUUUCCUUCCUCUUCAGGCACCCAGCCCGAAAGCCCAUCCCUCUGUAUCCUCUUCGCCGAACAGCGCCUUCCAUGCGCCAGCGCGCCUCCUCUCUUCCUUCCGCUUCUCAGCCGCAUCCUUCUUUGCAUGCCUCUGCUCCCGCGUCCUCGCCCGAUCCAGCUCAUACGCCGCCGCCCAGAUCCCGCGAACCCAUUCCACCAAGUCCUCCUGCGUGAAGCCGCCCGGAUAGCCUGUCCAGCGCGGCUGCUGUGCCUCGUCCAGCUGGGGCGUUGUGGAAAGGACGGGGCGGGGCGCUCUACCACAAGUGGACUCGAAGACGGUGUACUUGCGCAAGGCCUGUAGGAUUUUGGUUACACGCUGCGUGGCCAUGGGCUUGCUGUCCAUAGAGGGGAUGAGAGCCUUAAGGUGAGUCCAGAAACGGGCUUCGGCCAGGGUGGCACGCUUG